GCGCGCACCGCCCGUGCAAUCCCUGCUUAAGAGACCCCGGAGUGGGGCGCUCGCCCGAAGCCAGGCCGCGUCCGCCAUAGUGCCUGGCUUGGAGGUGUCGCCGGCGCCUGGUGAGGGCCCGAGAGCGGCAGGGGGGCGAAACAAAAAAAGGGAGCCGGCGGAGCCCUCGCCCUUGCCCGGCGGCUUCCGGGCCUAAUCUCGCGGUACUGGGCCGAAAGGCGACGGGAGCGAAAGGCGAGAGAAGCGCGGAGCACUCGGCGAGAGGAAGCGUCAGGGAGCCUCGGCGGCGUCGCCAGGGUCCGCCGAAGCCCCGCGGCCGCUGGCUGGGGCCCGGGGUGGUGAGGAAGCGCUGCGAGGCCUAGCCGAGGCCUAGUACCGUCUUUGUGUCUGAGGCGGCGUUGGCGGCGGCGGCGGGGGGGAGGCGGAGCCGGGGGCGGCCUGCGGGAAGGCCUCUCCUCCGCCGACCGCGCGUUUCGGCCUAGGCCGUGGGGCCGCCCGUGGCCUCCGGGAGGCAGGCGAAAGGGGUCUGUGUGUGGUGGGGGCCUGGGCCUGGGGCAGCCGACGGCGGUCGUCCGGAAGCCAGGAGGAGGCGAAAGGCCGCUCGUGGACUCCGGGCCUAGGCCCUCUCCCCUCAACCUUCUCCCGGGGCCUGGGUCACCCCCAUCCACGGAGAGAGAGAGAGAGACCAACCGGGAGGUGCGGCCGCGCAAUGGACCCCUGACCCCGCGGGGUCACUCGGACUCUUAACGUGUGGACUGACCGCAACUGACUGCACCGCCUGCCCCCGUCUCCUGCCGGCCCUUAGCAUGAGCGAGGGGGACCCAGCCGGGUGACAUUGUGCCCGUUGGCGGAUUCUCGCUUGCCCCCUGCCCCGUCCUCGUCCACCUCCUCCCACAUGAAGCGCUUCUGAAUAUCCGGGGGCGGGUUCUGGAUCAUUGUUUUUACGAACCCCUGCUUGUGGUUGGGGGGGUAUUUAAUCUGAGGCCUUAGGGUCCUUCGGUGUCUCUGAGUGUUUUGUGUGUGUACAUAUUUUGCUCUUAAGUUUAUAAAUAUACACAUAUUGAGCGUGUCCACGUCUCCUCGCUGAACCUUAGGCAUCCUUUGGCACCAUGUCCUGUGUGCAUUAUAAGUUUUCCUCUAAACUCAACUAUGAUACCGUCACCUUUGAUGGGCUCCAUAUCUCCCUCUGCGACUUAAAGAAGCAGAUUAUGGGGAGAGAGAAGCUGAAAGCUGCCGACUGCGACCUGCAGAUCACCAACGCGCAGACGAAAGAAGAGUAUACUGAUGAUAAUGCUCUAAUUCCUAAGAAUUCAUCUGUAAUUGUUAGAAGAAUUCCUAUUGGAGGUGUUAAAUCUACAAGCAAGACAUAUGUUAUAAGUCGAACUGAACCAGUGAUGGGAACUUCAAAAGCAAUUGAUGACUCAUCUGCGUCUAUUUCUCUGGCCCAGCUUACAAAGACUGCCAAUCUGGCUGAAGCCAAUGCUUCUGAAGAAGAUAAAAUUAAAGCAAUGAUGUCGCAAUCUGGCCAUGAAUACGACCCAAUCAAUUACAUGAAGAAACCUCUAGGUCCACCACCUCCGUCUUAUACCUGUUUCCGUUGUGGUAAACCCGGCCACUAUAUUAAGAAUUGCCCAACAAACGGGGAUAAGAACUUUGAAUCUGGUCCUAGGAUUAAAAAGAGCACUGGAAUUCCCAGAAGUUUUAUGAUGGAAGUGAAAGAUCCCAACAUGAAAGGUGCAAUGCUUACCAACACUGGAAAAUACGCAAUACCAACUAUAGAUGCAGAAGCAUAUGCAAUUGGAAAGAAAGAAAAACCGCCUUUUUUACCAGAGGAACCAUCUUCUUCUUCAGAAGAAGAUGAUCCUAUUCCAGAUGAAUUGUUGUGUCUCAUCUGCAAAGAUAUUAUGACUGAUGCUGUUGUUAUUCCCUGCUGUGGAAACAGUUAUUGUGAUGAAUGUAUAAGAACAGCCCUCUUGGAAUCAGAUGACCAUACCUGUCCAACAUGUCAUCAGAAUGAUGUGUCUCCUGAUGCUUUAAUUGCCAAUAAAUUCUUACGACAGGCUGUUAAUAACUUCAAAAAUGAAACUGGUUAUACAAAAAGACUAAGAAAACAGUUACCCCCACCGCCACCCCCAUUACCACCUCCUCGACCCCUCAUCCAGCGGAACUUACAACCUCUGAUGAGAUCUCCGAUAUCAAGACAACAAGAUCCUCUGAUGAUUCCAGUGACGUCUUCAUCAACUCACCCGGCUUCCUCUAUGUCUUCAUUAACCUCCAAUCAGUCUUCCUUGGCCCCUCCUGUGCCUGGAAAUCCAUCUUCUGCCCCAGCCCCUGUACCUGAUAUAACUGCCACAGUCUCCAUAUCAGUCCACUCAGAAAAAGCAGAUGGACCUUUCCGGGAUUCUGAUAGUAAAAUACUGCCAGCUGCAGCUCUUGCAUCAGAACAUUCAAAGGGAGCCUCUUCACUUGCAAUUACUGCUCUUAUGGAAGAGAAGGGUUACCAGGUGCCUGUACUUGGAACCCCAUCUUUGCUUGGACAGUCAUUAUUGCAUGGACAGUUGAUCCCCACAACUGGUCCAGUAAGAAUAAACACUGCUCGUCCAGGUGGUGGUCGACCAGGUUGGGAACAUUCCAACAAGCUUGGGUAUCUGGUUUCUCAACCACAGCAAAUUAGAAGAGGGGAGAGGAGCUGCUACAGAAGUAUAAACCGUGGACGACACCACAGCGAAAGAUCACAGAGAACUCAAGGCCCAUCACUACCAGCAACUCCAGUUUUUGUACCUGUCCCACCCCCUCCUUUGUAUCCUCCUCCUCCCCAUACACUGCCUCUCCCUCCAGGUGUUCCUCCACCACAGUUUUCUCCUCAGUUUCCUCCUGGCCAGCCUCCGCCUGCUGGGUAUAGUGUUCCCCCUCCAGGGUUUCCUCCAGCUCCAGCCAAUUUAUCAGCACCUUGGGUAUCAUCAGGAGUCCAGACAGCUCAUUCAAAUACCAUCCCAACAACACAAGCACCACCUUUGUCCAGGGAAGAAUUCUAUAGAGAGCAACGACGACUAAAAGAAGAGGAAAAGAAAAAGUCCAAGCUAGAUGAGUUUACAAAUGAUUUUGCUAAGGAAUUGAUGGAAUACAAAAAGAUUCAAAAGGAGCGUAGGCGCUCAUUUUCCAGGUCCAAAUCUCCCUAUAGUGGUUCAUCCUAUUCAAGAAGUUCAUAUACUUAUUCUAAAUCAAGAUCUGGUUCAACACGUUCACGUUCUUACUCUCGAUCAUUUAGCCGCUCACACUCUCGUUCCUAUUCACGGUCACCUCCAUACCCCAGAAGAGGCAGAGGAAAGAGCCGAAAUUACCGUUCACGGUCUAGAUCUCACGGGUAUCAUCGAUCUAGGUCAAGGUCACCCCCAUAUAGACGAUAUCAUUCACGGUCAAGAUCUCCUCAAGCAUUUAGGGGACAAUCUCCUAAUAAACGCAACGUGGCACAAGGCGAAACAGAACGUGAAUAUUUUAACAGAUACAGAGAAGUUCCACCACCUUAUGACUUGAAAGCUUAUUACGGGAGGAAUGUUGACUUUAGAGACCCAUUUGAAAAAGAACGUUAUCGAGAAUGGGAGAGGAAAUACAGAGAGUGGUACGAAAAAUAUUAUAAAGGCUGUGCUGUUGGAACACAGCCUAGGCCAUCAGCGAAUAGAGAGAACUUUUCUCCAGAAAGAUUUUUACCACUUAAUAUCAGGAAUUCUCCCUUCACAAGAGGCCGCAGAGAGGAUUACUCUGCUGGACAAAGUCAUAGAAGUCGAAAUGUAGGUGGCAACUAUCCAGAGAAGCUUUCAUCAAGAGACAGUCACAAUCAAAAGGAUAAUACAAAGUCAAAAGAGAAGGAGAGUGAAAAUGCUCCAGGAGAUGGCAAAGGAAACAAACAUAAGAAACACAGAAAAAGAAGAAAGGGAGAGGAAAAUGAAGGCUUUCUAAACCCAGAGUUAUUAGAAACUUCUCGGAAAUCAAGGGAACCUACAAGUGGUGAAGAAAAUAAGGCAGACUCAUUGUUUGUUCUCCCAGGUAGAGAUGAUGCUACACCUGUUAGAGAUGAACCAAUGGAUGCCGAGUCCAUCACUUUUAAAUCAAUGUCUGAAAAAGACAAGAGAGAAAAAGAUAAGCCUAAAGCAAAAGGAGACAAGACCAAACGGAAAAAUGAUGGAUCUGCUGCAUCCAAAAAAGAAACCGUUGUAAAACCUGCUAAAGGACCCCAAGAAAAACCAGAUGGAGAGCGUGAAAAAUCUCCUCGAUCUGAACCUCCACUUAAAAAAGCCAAAGAGGAGACUCCAAAGACUGACAGUGUGAAAUCAUCCUCCUCUCAAAAAGAUGAAAAGAUCGUUGGUACCCCCAGAAAAGCUCACUCCAAGUCAGUAAAAGAACACCAAGAGACAAAACCAGUCAAAGAGGAAAAAGUAAAGAAGGACUACUCCAAAGACAUCAAGUCAGAGAAGCUCACUAGUAAGGAAGAAAAGGCCCGGAAGCCUAAUGAGAAAAGUAAACCUCUUGAUAGCAAAGGAGAAAAAAGGAAAAGAAAAACUGAAGAAAAGAGUGUCGAUAAAGAUUUUGAAUCCUCUUCAAUGAAAAUCUCUAAAUUAGAAGUAACUGAAAUAGUGAAACCAUCACCAAAGCGCAAAAUGGAACCUGAUGUUGAAAAGAUGGAUAGGACGCCUGAAAAAGACAAAAUUUCCUCGUCAACUGCUCCAGCCAAAAAAAUCAAGCUCAACAGAGAAACUGGUAAAAAGAUUGGAAGUACAGAAAACGUAUCUAAUACAAAAGAACCCUCUGAAAAAUUGGAAUCAACAUCUGGCAAAGUCAAACAAGAAAAAGUCAAAGGAAAAGUCAGGCGAAAAGUAACGGGAACUGAAGGAUCCAGCUCAACACUCGUGGAUUACACCAGUACGAGCUCAACUGGAGGCAGUCCUGUGCGGAAAUCUGAAGAAAAAACAGAUACAAAGCGAACUGUCAUCAAAACGAUGGAAGAAUAUAAUAACGACAACACGGCCCCUGCUGAAGAUGUUAUUAUUAUGAUUCAGGUUCCUCAAUCCAAAUGGGAUAAAGAUGACUUUGAAUCUGAAGAAGAAGAUGUUAAAGCCACCACACAGCCUGUAUCAAGUGUAGGAAAACCUGCCAGUGUUAUAAAAAAUGUUAGCACUAAACCGUCAAAUGCAGUCAAGUAUACUGAAAAAGAAAGUGAGUCAUCGGAGAAAAUUCAGAAACUCACCAAGGAAGUGAGCCAUGAAAUUACACAGCAUGAGGUCAAAAGUUCAAAAAACUGUACAUCUAGUGAAAAAGGGAAAACCAAAGAUCGAGAUCAUUCAGUGACAGAAAAGGAAAACCCAGACAAGAGGAAGACUAGCGCCCAGCCAGAGAAAGAUAGUAACCUGGACCGUCUGAAUGAACAAGGAAAUUUUAAAAGUCUGUCUCAAUCUUCCAAAGAGACUAGAACUUCAGAUAAGCAUGAUUCCAUUCGAGGUUCCUCAAAUAAAGACUUCACUCCCAACAGAGACAAAAAAACAGACUACGACAACAGAGAGUAUUCAAGUUCCAAACGUAGAGAUGAAAGGAAUGAAUUAACCAGAAGAAAAGACUCUCCUUCUCGGAGUAAAGACUCUACAUCGGGACAAAAAACUAAGCCACGGGAGGAGAGAGAUUUGUCUAAAAAAGGAACAGGAGAUCCCAAAAAAAGUAAUUCCAGUCCCUCAAGAGACAAAAAACCUCAUGAUCAUAAGGCCGCUUAUGAUACUAAACGUUCAAGUGAAGAGACAAAAUCCGUAGAUAAAAAUCCCUGUAAGGAGCGUGAGAAGCAUGUGUUAGAGGCAAAGAGUAAUAAAGAGUCAAGUGGCAGUAAAGCACUUUGUGUGCUUAACCCACCAGACCCACAGAUGGAGAAAGAACAAGUUCUUACUGCACCAGUUGAUAAGAACACCGUCAAGCCUAAGCCCCAGUUAAGUCAUUCCUCUAGACUGUCCUCCGACUUAACUAGAGAAACUGAUGAAGCUGCUUUUGAACCAGACUAUAAUGAAAGUGACAGUGAAAGCAAUAUAUCUGUAAAAGAGGAAGAAACUUCAGGGAAGACGUCUAAGGAACCGAAAGAUAAAGUAGUGGAGAAAGCGAAAGAGAGCCUGGACGCAGCAGCAGUCAGCCAGGUGGAUGUGACCAGGAGCCAGAGUCAAAGCAGCCCUAGUAUCAGCCCCAGUAGAAGUCACAGCCCUUCCGGAAGCCAAACUCGAAGCCACAGUAGCAGUGCCAGCUCUGCAGAAAGUCAGGACAGCAAGAAGAAGAAGAAGAAGAAGGAAAAGAAAAAGCACAAGAAGCAUAAAAAACAUAAGAAGCAUAAGAAGCAUGCAGGCACUGAAGUAGAAUUGGAAAAAAGCCAAAAACACAAACAUAAGAAAAAGAAGUCAAAGAAGAGCAAAGAUAAAGACAAGGAGAAGGAGAAGGAUGACCAAAAAGUGAAAUCUGUCACUGUGUAAAAGGGCAGAUUUUAAAAAUUGACUUAAUUACUAAGUCAUCUGUAUUAAAUUUUGUUAUAAUGUAAAGAGAUUCAAGCCUUGUAAAUAAUGAUAUGGAAGACCCUGUGCUGCACUUAAAAUAUUGCUGCUUGAUUAUUUGAUUUUUACAUCAGAGCUUUAUAACACGAACUUUUGUACAGAAUUGUGAGUUGUGACCAUGUAACAUGAGAGGUUUUGCUAGGGCCUAUUAUUUUUAACCACCAUUAAUUAGUUGGGGUGGAGUUUACUGUACUGUGAAAUUUUCACAUUUGAAUUUUUUUAAUUGCCUGGCAAAAAAGCUGAUAUCAGUUCUAAAAUAUCAGCAGAAUGAUUUGCUCAAUUCAUUACAACCCCGUUAUGUCACUUUUUGAUUACAAUAAAAGUUUUCAGUAAACUUUUCAAA